UGCGCUUCAAGAGGGGUAUAGGCGAGUGCGGUGGACGCUGUUUCGGCUUUGUUGAAGUUGAAUGCGGUGCGAAAUGUUGAGACGUGUGUUUAGGUGGCUGAGUGUACUUUAGUGGCGUCUUUUUUGCAUGAUAAGUGAUGUUUUGGGCUGAGUGAAUGUGGCGUGUUUGUUAGGGCGCGGUAAGGAUCUCAAAACACAACGAACGCGUGACGUGCGACGACGACGGGACUCGAGCUGAGAGUUUUAACUCGGGGGGCAGUGGGAGUGACAUAUUUUCAUUUUUUUUUUGUCCCCCUUAUCCGUCCAAAACAGUGACUACCACCUGUUAAGCUUCUUCUUUUUGCUCCCUUGGGUUUCCUGCACGUGUACUCAAACUUUUGGCUGCUACUGGAGGGAGAGAGGUGGUGUUCCGUUUCUUCGUCAAAAGGAACAUUGGUUUGUAACUUAACCCGGUUUUUGGGUCUCAAACCUUGACUUCAGCUUCGGGCUUGAGUUCAACAGCUCUGGGCUGAAACAGCGUGACUCCGUGUGUGAAACUGAAGCUUUUUUCCUUGUUAUUGCUGUGCUCCACAUGCAGACUGCAGUAAAAUGGCUCAAGCUGGAGAUCUGGAGCAGAUACAGUUCAGCUGUUCCAUCUGCCUGGAUCUACUGAAGGAUCCAGUGACUGUUCCCUGUGGACACAGUUACUGUAUGGACUGUAUUAAGGGCUGCUGGGAUCAGGAGGAUGAUGCUGGUGUCUACAGCUGUCCUCAGUGCAGACAGUCCUUCACGUCAAGACCUGUUCUGGGCAGAAAUACCCUGCUGGCUGAAGUCAUGGAGAAGCUGAAGAAGACAGAACUCCAAGCUGCUCCUUUUGAUGGCAAUCCUUCUACACCUGGAGCUGUGGAGUGUGACUUCUGUAUCGGGAGAAAGGAGAAAGCUGUCAAGUCCUGCCUGGUGUGUCUCGCCUCGUACUGUGAGAGUCACCUCCAGCCCCACUAUGAGUCUGCAACUUUUAAGAAGCACAAGUUGAUUGAUGCCACAGGACAACUGCAGGACAAGAUCUGUUCCCUCCAUGACAAAGUGCUGGAGAUCUACUGCCGCACCGAUCAACAAUGUAUCUGUUAUCUGUGUACCAUGGAUGAACAUAGAGGACAUGAUACAGUUUCAGCUGCUUCAGGAAGGACUGAGAAGCAGAAAUAUCUGGAAACAAUGCAAAAGCAGUUCCUGCAGAGGAUGAAGGAGAAAGAGAAAAGGCUGCAGCAGCUGAGACAGGCUGUGGAGUCACUCACCAGCUCUGCACAGGCAGCAGUGGAGGACACUGAAAGAAUCUUCACCGAGAUGAUCCGCUCCCUGGAGAAAAGGUGCUCUGAGCUGAAAGAUGUGAUUAGAGCUCAGGAGAAGGCUGAACUGAGUCAGGCUGAAGGACUUCAGAAGCAACUGGAGCAGGAUAUUGCUGUGCUGAAGAGGAGAAACACUGAGAUGCAGCAACUUUUGGAAACUGAGGAUCAUGUCCAUUUUCUCCAGAAUUUUCAGUCUGUCUCUCAUACUCCUGAAUCUGAAAUCAAACCCAGCAUCACCAUCAACCCUGACUGCUCUUUUGCAAAUAUAAAGAAGUCAGUUUCUAAACUGACAGUGCAGCUGGAGGACAUCUGGAGGAAAGAGCUUGAAAAGAUCUCAGGAGAAGUAAAAGGUGCCAGUGUUGUCCUGCCUCUAGAACCCAAGACUAGAGAGGACUUCUUAAAAUCUGCUUACACGCUCACCCUUGACCCCAACACAGCAAACGCGAGAGUCAUUCUGUCUGAUGGAAACACAAGUGCCAGCGUAGGAGACCCGCAGCAAUACCCUGAUCACCCAGAGAGGUUUGACUCCCACCGACAAGUUCUGUGCACAGAGGGUCUGAGUGGCCGCAGUUACUGGGAGGUUCAGUGGAGUGGAGACGCUGGGGUUCAUAUAGCAGUGUCAUAUAAAGGGAUCAACAGGGAAGGAGGAGGCAAUGACUGUGGCUUUGGACUCAAUGACAAGUCCUGGAGUUUGUUCUGCUCUCCCUCCAGUUGCAGUUUCUAUCACAAUAAUGUAGUGUGUCCAGUAUCUGGUCCCAGUUCCUCCACAAUAGGAGUUUACCUGGAUCACAGGGCAGGAGCUCUGUCCUUCUACAGUGUGUCUAAGGACACAAUGACCCUCCUCCAUAGGGUCCAGACCACAUUCCCUGAACCCCUCUAUCCUGGAUUCUUAUUACUGUCCCACGCUGAAUCUGUUUAUAGCCCUACGCAUCAGCUUUUAGGUGGUAAACGAUAUUCUUUGAAUGAAAAACUGAAGCACGCUUACCAUGUUGCGCAUUUGUCUGAGAGAAUAGAUGUAGGGUCCAAAAUUCAUCUUGUAUAGAUGCAGUAACAUAGGAAGAUUCCAUGUUUGGAUUUAUUUAGAAGGAAAUUGUGGAAUAAUUUGAAAUUGUAAUCUUUUAAUUUCUUUGUGUAUGUGUGUAAUGAGAUCAAGCCUCCUAAAUAAAUCCAUUUAUGUAAAGUAUGAGAUAAAGACAAACAUGUAACCUGUAGUAAAAUGCAGGGUAAAGAUUUUUUUAAUUUACAUUAAAAAUGGCAUAAGAUCUUGUACCUGCAAGGGUGGUAAUCCGUUUUCAUAAAUGUUUCUCUAUUCUGAAAGUCCAUUCCAGUGAAAACAGCUUCAUGGACAAUUUUCUCUUUUCAUUUAUCACUGUGAUAAUGAGCAGUAUCUUAUUACACUCUCAGCCUUUUGUCAUCUUUCUAAACUGUCCUGUUACAAUAAAUCUUUAUGAAUAAUAAUUCCGACAUUGGCAUGGCCCUAUGUGAAAUGGUGUGUUUGCGGUGAUACUAGUGUCUGCAAUACACUAAGGUCAAUGCCUGGAGUUGUUGCUUAGAAACUGUAAUUGUGGUAAUUCUUUGUUAGGGAUGCUCAUUUAAUUCUCAAAAGAGGUACUUUCUAAGGGUCACUGCCUCAGGAAAUGUCCGUGUAAUCUUAAGAAUAAUCUGUAUACAUAAAUCAUCUAUAUGCGUUCAUUUCCAGCAAGGGGAUCAUGAUAAAUUGUCAUCUAUUUGACUGACAUUUAAUGUGUAAUCAAGUAUAAAUGCAAUAUUUUUUAUUAAAAAAUUGAAUAUAAUAGGAAGAACAAGAAUUACAGAAGUGGAAUAGUAGUCAAGCACAAACCGUGGCAAUAAGCCAGAAUAGAGUUUCUGCAUUUAUGAAUGUGGUGUAUACAGUAUAUACAGUAAAUAGUAUUGGACAAUGUCUCAUUUAAGAACUAUGAGCUUCUGCUGUCCCCAGCUGGUGGUGAUUUGAAGUACAGCUGGAGACUUCAGAUGCCUCAGGAUUUGCAGGAUCAUUUGGAGUUUAUUUACAUUCAUAUCACUAUAACAUUACGGCAUGUGCUGCUACAUUAAUGACAUAUUGGGGGGCUGUUAGGCCUUGAUUUUACUAAUAAAUGUGAUAUAUACUUAGAAUUUUUCUGGCAGUCAGACAAUACUGAUCCCACAGAGAAUUAAUUCAAGCAGAAAUGAGGCAGCAGGAGAAGCAGAGACUGAUGUGAACGGUCCUGCAGCUGGACACAUCCAGGUGGUUAUUGGGUGGCAGGCACACACACAUUUUAAACUUUGUGAGAACAUUUAAUGAACAUUGAAGGCUCUUAUAUUUCUCUUGUCUUAGGAGGACUUGAUUGUAACCUUUGUUUUUCUGUUGUGUUAUACUGCUGUGUAUAUUUGCAGUUUUGGACUUUUGUCCUUGAGGUUCUCUAUUGCAGGUGAAAAAAUGGCACAAAAACUGAGGAUGGUGUUAAAGCACCAUUUUUCUAUCACAUGAUUCUCCUUUGUACAUGUGUAAAGAGGAGUGGAGAGUUGCCUGCAAUAUAAGACUUUGGUCAUAACUGUCAUGAGCAGCUAAUGAUUUCCCUCCUUUGUAAAGUGUAAAAUAAACUGUACAGGCUUCCCUUGUUUAACUGGUGUAAUUCCUUCCUGAGGAUUUGUUCAUGAUGUGAAAUGUUGUAAAAAUAGCAGUUCAUUUACAGAAACUUUUAAUGCAUAGAAAGACAUCCACUGAUUUACACACACACACACACACACACACACACUGGCUAAAAC